CGUGUGAACUGUGCCCUCCUCCCGGGCUUCUCUCGCGCAACACAGAUACCGUUUCCUCGCGCGUCUCCUUGUACAGCGUCGAGCGCAGUGCGCGAGGGCCCCUCGCGGAGAGACAGACGUCACAGCUGACAGUUUGUCACAUCGGUGGGUUUCAGUUCGAUUGAGAUGCUGCUCAGACCUGCAGCCUCUUCACAGAGCUCCUCGUUUUCUCGUCUUUCGUUUCAAACAGCGACUAGCGGUGAAGACAAAAACGGCAAUGAAUCACGGAAAGCGACAAUCUAACGGUGGAAAGAAGACGUCGCCGGAAUGACCCCCCACAAAGAAACGCGUUUCCUCGCGCUGCGCUCGUGAAGCUCAUCCAACGGAUUCAAAGGUGCACAACCAGCCGUCAAUCAUGCCGGUGCGACGAGGUCACGUCGCGCCACAGAACACGUUUCUCGGGAUUAUCAUCCGCAAAUUCGAGGGUCAAAACAAGAGAUUUGUCAUAGCCAAUGCACGUGUCCAGAACUGUGCCAUCAUCUACUGCAAUGAUGCCUUCUGUGAGAUGACAGGGUUUUCCCGGCCGGACGUCAUGCAGAAGCCGUGCACCUGCGACUUCCUGCACGGACAGCUGACCAAGCGGCACGCUAUUGCGCAGGUAGCACAGGCUCUCCUGGGCUCGGAGGAACGCAAAGUGGAGAUCACCUAUCACCGCAAGGACGGAUCAGACUUCUUGUGUGCGACACACAUCAUUCCGGUGAAGAACCAAGAGGGUGUUGUCAUGAUGUUCAUCUUGAGCUUCGAUUACGUGCUGAAAGAGGGCAGCAUGGAUUCAUUAGACCGCCUCAACCACACCUCGCCAGCCAGACAGGAACAAAAAAAAGGACGUUUCUUCCGUUUUCGUCUGCCUGCACCACUGAGCAUGCUCGGAGUGAGUAAGCAAUCCCUCCCUCAGGAAGACCCGGAUGAGGUGACCAUCCAUUCGGCUGAUCAGAAUGAGAAACGCUCUUCCUGCUCGUCAUCUGUCUCUCUUUCCCUUUCUCCACGUGAGCUCCAUCCACCCACCGGUGAGAGCUGUAGCCCCUCCUAUGGAAAUGACACCUGGGCUCUGAUUGGCCAGAAUUAUCUGGGUUCAUGCUCACCAAUCUCAGGGCCACAGGAUCACUCGUCUCCAAGGGGCCCCUGGGAGCGGGUGGAGCCCCAGGAACCUUUGCCGACUGCAUCCAGGAGAGCAUCACGGGCCAGUAUGUGCACGUUUAGGAGAGUGUCAUCUACACAUGAUUUCGAAGGACUCAGCACGCAGACGCAGAGGACGUACCGUGAUCGCCAUGCUAGUGAAGAUAAUGGGCGUAGUAUUAAAGUGUCGCGCUCUUGGAUGGCUGGGGGACCAUUUAAUCAGAUCAAGUCCAGCAUUCUGGGUUCCACGUCUGACUCAAACCUCACUAAGUACAGCACCAUCAACAAGAUCCCUCUCAUCACUCUCAACUUCUCAGAGACCAACAAUGACAAGCGGGCAUCAUCUCCGCAUUCCUCAGAGAAAACCAUCAUUGCACCAAAGGUCAAAGAUCGAACACACAACGUCACAGAGAAGGUCACACAGGUGUUGUCGCUAGGCGCUGACGUGCUUCCAGAGUAUAAACUUCAGACCCCACGCAUCAACAAGUUCACCAUCCUACACUACAGCCCCUUCAAGGCAGUCUGGGAUUGGCUGAUUCUGCUGCUAGUCAUCUACACGGCUGUUUUCACGCCCUACAGCGCGGCCUUCCUGCUCAAUGACGUAGAGGAGCAGAAGAGACGAGAGUGUGGUUAUUCCUGCAGCCCGCUCAAUGUGGUGGACCUCAUUGUGGACAUCAUGUUUAUUGUAGACAUUCUUAUAAAUUUCCGGACUACGUACGUUAAUGCCAACGAAGAGGUGGUUAGUCAUCCAGCUAAGAUAGCAGUGCAUUACUUCAAGGGAUGGUUCUUCAUAGACAUGGUGGCAGCCAUACCAUUUGACCUGCUCAUAUUUGAGGGAGGAUCAGAAGAGACCACAACUCUGAUUGGCCUGCUAAAGACCGCCAGACUGCUCCGAUUGGUCCGUGUGGCACGGAAGCUGGAUCGUUACUCGGAGUAUGGGGCGGCUGUCCUAAUGCUCCUCAUGUGUAUCUUUGCACUGAUUGCUCAUUGGUUGGCUUGCAUAUGGUAUGCGAUCGGCAAUGUGGAGAAGCACUAUCUGGAUCACACAAUUGGCUGGUUGGACAAUCUAGCUAUAUCUAUCGGCAAGCAGUAUAACGGCACAGACCUCUCCUCAGGCCCAUCAAUCAAGGACAAGUAUGUGACAGCACUGUAUUUCACAUUCAGCAGUCUGACCAGCGUGGGCUUUGGAAACGUGUCACCAAAUACCAACUCAGAGAAGAUCUUCUCCAUCUGCGUCAUGCUCAUUGGCUCUCUGAUGUAUGCUAGUAUCUUUGGGAAUGUGUCUGCUAUAAUUCAGCGACUGUACUCAGGAACAGCUCGGUACCAUCUGCAGAUGCUUCGGGUCAAAGAAUUCAUUCGCUUCCACCAGAUCCCUAACCCGCUGAGACAAAGACUGGAGGAGUACUUCCAACACGCAUGGACAUACACAAAUGGCAUCGACAUGAACAUGGAGGUACUGAAGGGCUUUCCAGAGUGCCUGCAGGCUGAUAUCUGUCUUCAUCUGAAUCAAACUUUGCUCGAGAGCUGCAAGGCUUUCAGCGGAGCAACCAAAGGAUGCCUACGGGCACUGGCGAUGCGCUUUAAGACCACUCAUGCCCCACCGGGUGACACGCUGGUGCAUUGCGGGGACGUUCUCACGGCCCUCUACUUUGUGGCCAGGGGAUCCAUCGAGAUCCUCCGAGACGACAUAGUGGUGGCCAUCCUGGGUAAGAAUGAUAUUUUUGGAGAGAUGAUUCAUCUGUACGCCAAACCAGGGAAAGCCAACGCAGAUGUUCGAGCGCUGAGCUACUGCGACCUCCACACCAUCUACAGAGAGGAUCUUCUGGAGGUUCUGGACAUGUAUCCUGAAUUCUCAGACUACUUCCUGUCCAAUCUGGAGCUCACGUUUAACCUGCGUGAUGAGAACACCAAGGGAGCCACAGCUGCUCAGACGAACCUUUACACGGCUGUGAGUGACUCAGACACAGAAGACCCUGACGUCAGGACCAAACCCUGCUUUAAGAGGAACCGCUCCGCAGGUUCUCCGAGCAGACCGAGCGGGACAGACAGGGAAAGGGGAAGAGAUCGAGAGGUUCGCACGUUGCCAGGAGAGGAGGAGGAGGAGGAAGAAGAGGGUGAGGAAGAAACGGCAAGGCCUUUGAAUCAAUCCAUUCCUGUCAACCUGAACACCAUCCCUGACACAUACUCUAAAGAUUGUGUUGAAAACAAUCUGUUUCACAAAGAUGUGUGUGUUGAAGAAUGGCCUUGUGGGAAUGCAGAUGACUCAGCGAAAUCUCAGGACAGAGAAGGAGACGACGACUGUGAAAGUGACAUCACAUUUGGCGAAAUGGAGCAAAGACUGGAUCUAUUGCAGGAACACCUAAACAGGCUGGAAGAGCAGAUGACAUCAGACAUCCAGGCUAUUUUACAGUUGCUCCAGAGGCAGAGCACUCUGGGACCUCCGGCGUACAGCACUGUGGCCGUCAGUCCAGACUACCACAAACCCGUGCAGCCCGUCACUGCCAUGCAGACGCAGAGUCCUGAUCUAGAGAACGCCUGCAAAGCCAAAGACUCCAACGCCUGCAGUUACCACGGAGAUGACCUCUGACGUCAGCACGCGACUCCAUUGGUGACAGAGCCAGAGUGAGAGGCGGGUCUCCACAGGCCCUCCUCUGAUCCUGGCCGUCCAAGGGAGUAACAUAAGGUCAAAGGUUACAGUUUUCAUGGUCGCGAAACAGAAUCCAAUAACAACAGAACUCCCAGGGGGAAGUACAGUAAGAGCAGUGUUUAAUCAUGAGGUUUGAGUUGUAAUAUUCAGAAUUUUUGAAUCAAAAUGCCUCAUAGAGGAGUCGCACUUCUGUAUGCUUUCAUGUAACUAUGCAUAGACAGAACAAAAUCUACAGUAAGCUCAACCUCCUCCCUUCAAAACAACUGCAGCUACAGCUAGACUCAGGGUAGAGAAAACGAAACCGGAGAGUCGUAUGCAAAGAACUGAAAACGACCUUCUAUGUCCCUCAUAGUUAGGAGUCAAACAAAAGCUGGUGAACAGAUGCAUUAAUGCAGUAUCAGUCUAAAGGUUGUUCAUUUUGUAAAUAUAUAAAUGAAACGGCAGUCAGGAAGUAACAUACUAGACCAUGUUAAUGAAAGAUGCAUGCUGGGGAAAAAUGCAGUGUUUGUUUAUUUUUUGCAUGUUUCUUAAAAAAACACUUGCAUUGGUAAUCAAGUGACAUGAGCUUGGUUUUUUUUUUGUCCUUAUAUCACUUAUUUGAGAUUUAUGUAUUUACUUAACUAUAAAUUUCCUGGUAUUCAGGAAGAAUCUUUUACUUGAAUUGAACUCUGCAAAGCAAAGCCUCAUCAUCAAACUGUCAUCAUCUCAGAAUAUCACAUUAUUCUGCCCAUAUCAGAUUUCCACAGGACAGUUACAUUCAGAAACACGCUGUCCCUUCAGAGCCAACUAAGCAUUGUAACAGCAUUGUCAGUAUUGCAAUAUCAUGUCUCAGUAUUGAAUUUGACAAAACUUUGAAGGUCUAAGAACGUGUCAGCAUUUUUUGGUCCUCAUGGUGGGUAAUUUAAACCAUAGAUGAAUGUUUGACCACUCCACCAACACCUGGGGGCUUUUAACACUUAAGGGGUCAUUUUUAACCCUGGUUAGAUAUCAUUUGCAUAUUUAUGAGACAAAUUUAUGUUUUAAUAACUUCUUGUCCAUUUUCUGUGGAAAUGUUGCCACAUGGGUCCCCUCUGGUUGUCCGCUCAUGUUGCAGUUUGAGCUGUAUUACUCCGAUGUUUGAAAGCCUUAUGAAUAUUCAAUGAGGUAAGCAUUGAGACAGUUUAUGAUCGGCUGUCUGUUGCUGAACAGCUCGCCUUUGGAUUCUAUCACUUAAAGAGGUAGGCAAUGUAGAUGCCUGAUUUCAUUCAGUGCUGAUACUGCUGCUUAACCCAGGGUUAAAACUGGCCCUGUGAAAAGCCCUUUUGUAUUAUAUGUUGCUUUUUGUCCUCAUUUCUUUAUGCAAUUUACAGGUUCAUUUGAGAAGGUUCUUUCAUUCUGAAGUUGUAGCAGUGUUUAUCUGUAGAAAUCUAUUUGGAGAAUGUGAUCUGCAGGUUAAAGUUCUAGCUUUUGUAGCAGCAGUCAUCCCUGGCCUUCCAGAUCUACUAUAGAUCUACGUUAACAGAACCCAUAAAAUGCACACUUUUAGUCUUGCAGUAUAACAUGGCAUUGAGUUCAUGUGUAGGAGGACUGCAUGUUUAACCAAAGUUAGUUAGUUGAAUUAAUCACUUAAUCACAUUUAAUGAGAUGCAUUGAAACACACAGUCUUCCUAGUGUCAGCUAAAAAAAAAAAAAGAAAAAGAAAAAAAAAAAGCAGAAAAAUGUAUGCAUGUCUUAAUUUAGUAAUUUACGCAUAGGGCCACCAGAUUUAGAGCUUCUUCGUGAACAAAUGAAUCUGAUUGGUAGGCUGAAAUCUGGAGGCGGAGCAUCGUGACACAUAUCAGUGUAUGCUCAUCACACAGAUAUGUCGUUGGCUGUCCUGACUGGCUCGCUGUGAUCACGGUAUGUGUUGACCUAACAUUUUCCUGUGAGACAGUCCAAGUUGUGUCUGGUGUUUCAGGAAGCUGGCAGGAGUGGGUUUGCCUUAUGGGGGAUUGUGGGACAAGGCCAGGACACGUGCCAGUGCGGGAAGAGAGCAAGAGAAAGAUACGAUACUAUUGCGAUCUUUUGCACAAACUCUUUGAAACAUCUUGUACAGUGUCACUUUUUAAAACUAGUGCUGUUCGCAAAAUUGUUUUUAUGCAUUUUUUUAAAUGUUUGACACUGUAUUUUAUACAAUGCAACACAUAACAGCAGGUUAGAAUGUUUUCUUCCUUGGAUAUAUUGGUAUGUAUUAUAUUUAUGCUGUAUAUUGUGAAUAUUACAAGAGUUAACGCACAACUGUGUAAAUUAAUAAAGGACAGAAUGCUUAAUUUACAAUGU